AUGCCUGACUUCACCGAUCACCUUCGGCCGGCUGACCCUCAAGGUCCGAGCAUUCUGGCCCAAGAGAGAGCUGGCUCCCACGUCAAUAUCGAUCAACUGGCACAUCACCUACUCUCUAGAAAUGACUUUCUUAAUCGGCAGAAACGCAUCUUGUCGAUACUUGAGCCUAUCCCCAUCUUCUGCAAGACAAAUCAGCUGAAUAUGGCCCGGCCGGACAGAUAUCAUCUCGGCCUUGCGCGCGCGAAGAUGCUCCGGCGGCUGUCUCUGAAGCAUGGCUGGGAUCGCGAUGACUAUAUCAUGGCAGAUUAUCUGAUGGAUGAAAUGGGCCCCUACGCUCUUCAAGCGACCAUGUUCGCCACAUCGAUUCGGGAGCAAUGCAACGAUGAACAAAAGGCUUUCUGGCUGCCCAAACUCGAAAAUUGGGAAAUAAUUGGCUGCUACGGCCAGACGGAGCUGGGUCACGGAAGCAAUGUCAAGGGGAUUGAGUGCCAGGCGAAAUGGGAGCCUCAAACCAAAGAAUUCAUUCUCCACAGCCCGACCAUCACUGCCAGCAAAUGGUGGAAUGGCGCCCUGGGCCGAACAGCAAAUCAUGCCAUUGUGGUGGCCCAACUCCUUCUCCCCGACUCCAAGACCGGAAAGUACAAGUCGUACGGACCUCAUCAGUUCAUUGUCCAGAUCAGGGACAUGAAGACUAACAAGCCGCUGGACGGCAUCGUCAUUGGAGACAUCGGUCCCAAAUACGGUUAUCCUGGUAUGGAUAACGGGUACAUGCUCUUCAAUCAAUUCAGGGUGCCUCACUCGGCGCUUUUGUCUAAAUAUUCGGGCGUCGAUCCGGAGACGGGUAUGUACAUAAAGCCAGAGAAUCCUGCCGUGGUCUACGGAUCCUUGACGUUCGUGCGCGCUCAAAUCAUCAUGCACGCACGUCUGGUGCUGGCCAGGGCCGUGACCGUGGCGGUCCGUUACCUGACUAUCCGUCGACAAUUUGCCGAUCGAGACUCGAAAGAUCCAAAUCCGCCUGAACAAGCCGUCCUCGACUAUCCCACCGUUCAGAUCCGCAUUCUCCCCCUCCUCGCCACUACAUUCGCCCUCCACUACACGGGCGAAGCAAUGUACAAGCUCUACCACGGGACUCGCGAAGCCAUCGAGAAGAGCGGCGACUUUUCUCGACUGGCAGAAAUGCACGCCGCUUCAUCGGGUCUCAAGUCCCUCUGCACCACUCUUGCCGCCGACGGGAUUGAAACCUGUCGUCGCGCCAUGGGUGGUCACGGGUUCGGCGGAGGAAGCGGCAUGAUCGCCCUCAACAACGAGUAUCUGUCCAAACCGACGGUUGAAGGUGACAAUUGGAUGAUCACGCAACAGACUGCCGCGUAUCUGAUCAAACGGAUGACCGAGGCUGUGAAGAACCCGAAAUUCACGCCCACUGAAUCCGUAAGCGCUCAGUUCCAAGAGUUCCUCAGAAGUGGGCCCAGACAACGCGAGUUCAAUGUCCUCGGAUAUGAGUUUGAGAUGGUAAGGGCCUUCAAGCAUCGGGCUUCGUAUCUCUCGUAUCAGGCAUAUUACGAUCGAGUCGUGCGGAAGAAGCCCUGGAACAGCAUGAUGAUCAGCCUUCACAGGCUCAGUCGGGCGCAUUCUGAGAGUCUUCUUGUGUCCAACUUCUACGAUGCCGUCUUUGAAUCAACGCCAAACCCACCACUCGACGACGCCACGUUCGAUGUCAUAAAGACGCUAUUCCGGCUUUUUGCUCUUUUCACCCUCGAUGCCUCGGCCUCCGAGUUCUUGCUCUCCAGAGCGAUCACCGUCGAGCAUCUACCGUUUAUCAUUUCGACGAUUCAGGAACUGAUGGCUCAAGUGCGGCCCCAUGCAGUCAGACUCGUGGACGCAUGGUCAAUCCCGGAUUAUGUGCUCGAGAGUGCCCUCGGUAGCUACGAUGGUGACGUGUAUAAUCGACUGUUUCAUAAGGCACACAGGGAGAAUCCACUGAAUCAGCUGACGUUUAACCCGGAUUGGAGGAGUGAGGAAAUCGUAAUGGGAGAAGGGGAAGAGAAUGCCAAAAGGAGAUUGGAGGCGUUGGCAUUGGGUAUGAAAGCACAUGAGCAAUCUGGUGUGGUGAAAUCAAAGCUGUAG